AUGGCUGACAUUCUCACGCAGCUCCAGACUUGCCUGGAUCAGCUCGCAACCCAAUUCUACGCAACACUUGGCUAUCUCACAACAUACCACGACAAUGCCCCCACGACACCACCCCCGAAUGUCCCCGACGCAGUACCGGCCCUAGCCAAAAUCACCAAGAACUCGUCAUCACCACCGGUCCCAGCAGCCAUCGCAAACAAGGUGGGGGGUGCAGCCGCCGUUGCAGGAAAUGCAUCACCCCCGCUUGCGCCUCCUCAACAACCCGGAGCUGCACCAGGGACAGCACUAGAAGGUGAAGAUCCCAACCUUCCUCCCGCACCGGACUCACCCAGCACAUUUGCGAGCCGGCAGCGGGAGCUUGCGCGCGAUCUCAUUAUCAAGGAACAGCAGAUCGAGUACCUCAUCUCUGUGCUUCCCGGGAUUGGCGCCUCUGAGGCUGAGCAAGAGACCAGAAUACGGGAACUCGAGACAGAACUCCGAGGUGUUGAGAAAGAGCGCGCUGCGAAAGUCCGGGAGUUGAAAAAGUUGAGAGCUCGGCUGGAUGAUGUGCUCGGCGCUGUCGCUGUGGGUAUCCAUGGGGAUGGGUACCCUCAAAAGUGA